GUUCGCUCAGUCACGCUUCAACAUCUCGGUGCGCGACUCUUAAAAACAUUUUCUCCACAAAAAACUAUAUCGCGAUUGUGCAUUUUUGGUUCCAAAUAGUGGAUAUUUUCUAUAUAGGUAUAAAUAAUACUUGCCGUUCUUUAUUCUAAGUGUAUGAAAACGUGAGUGUUUUAUUAAAUUUUUGUGAAUUUAGUCAGCUUUUCCCUUUGCUUACAGAAUAAUCAGACGUUGGGCUCUCUAUGUUCUGUUUCCCAACGGAGCCUUCCUAAGAACGACCACGGAGACGCCCAAUGUCUUCGCGGGCGUCUGAAUGACGUCCGAGGACGCGAGCAGGGGCGGCCUGAGGUCGCCCUCGCCCGCCCUCAACAGCACACUGCUGGCUGCUAAUGCCACUUUUCACCCUACCAUACAACCUGAAGCUUGCUUGGAUACCAGAAAGUAUUGGUGCUUUUUGCUCUCUUCGAUAUGUACAUUCCUUGCAGGGCUCUGUAUUGUACUGGUAUGGCGGCUAUUUGCGUUCCUUUGCUGCCGCAAAGAGGCCGAAUAUGGCCCCAACGAUCCAAAACAAAAGGAGCAAAAGGCUGCCCGACAGGGCAAACAGGAGUUCGAAGGUACAUUUAUGACCGAGGCGAAAGAUUGGGCCGGCGAGCUUAUUUCCGGACAAACCACUACAGGUCGAAUUUUGGUCGUGUUGGUCUUUAUACUAAGUAUAGCCUCACUUGUAAUUUACUUCAUAGAUGCAUCUUAUGAGGGAGUGGAGCAUUGCGAAGAGUGGAGCAAAAACAUCACUCAACAGAUAGAUCUUGCCUUCAAUAUAUUUUUUAUGGUCUAUUUUUUUAUACGAUUUAUUGCUGCUAGUGAUAAGUUAUGGUUUAUGUUAGAAAUGUACUCAUUCGUAGAUUAUUUUACGAUACCUCCUUCUUUUGUUUCAAUAUAUCUGGAUCGAACUUGGAUAGGUCUUCGGUUUCUCCGAGCUCUACGUCUUAUGACUGUACCAGAUAUUUUACAAUACCUCAAUAUUUUAAAGACUUCCAGUUCCAUUCGUCUUGCUCAGCUAGUUUCUAUAUUUAUAUCUGUAUGGCUUACUGCUGCUGGAAUUAUACAUUUGCUUGAAAAUUCCGGCGACCCUUUAGAUUUCGACAACCCGCACCCUUUGCCUUACUGGACCUGCGUGUAUUUUUUGAUCGUGACCAUGUCUACUGUAGGAUAUGGUGACGUCUUCUGCCAGACAGUUCUAGGCCGUACAUUUUUAGUAUUUUUUCUCUUAGUCGGCUUGGCGAUAUUCGCCAGUUGUAUCCCAGAGAUCAUUGACUUAAUCGGGACUAGACCGAAAUAUGGCGGCACAUUGAAGAAUGAACGUGGCCGAAGGCACAUUGUUGUUUGCGGACACAUUACUUAUGAGUCCGUAUCUCAUUUCCUAAAGGAUUUUCUUCAUGAAGACCGGGAAGAUGUUGACGUGGAGGUUGUCUUUCUGCACAGGAAGCCGCCCGAUCUCGAGUUGGAAGGGCUGUUCAAGAGACAUUUUACCACCGUAGAAUUCUUCCAGGGUACCAUUAUGAACCCUAUUGAUCUGCAAAGGGUAAAGGUACACGAAGCAGAUGCUUGUCUAGUAUUAGCGAAUAAAUAUUGUCAAGAUCCAGACGCAGAAGAUGCGGCUAACAUUAUGAGGGUGAUUUCUAUUAAGAAUUAUAGUGAUGAUAUUAGGGUUAUUAUUCAAUUAAUGCAGUAUCACAAUAAGGCUUACUUACUUAACAUUCCAUCGUGGGACUGGAAACAGGGUGAUGACGUUAUAUGUUUAGCUGAAUUAAAAUUAGGAUUUAUUGCGCAGUCAUGCUUGGCGCCAGGAUUUUCCACAAUGAUGGCAAAUCUAUUUGCCAUGCGUUCCUUUAAAACUUCUCCCGAUACUCAAGUGUGGCAGAAUGAUUACCUCCAAGGAACGGGGUGUGAGAUGUAUACAGAGACUCUGUCCCCCUCGUUCACGGGCAUGACUUUUUUCCAGGCUAGCGAGUUGUGUUUUACCAAAUUAAAGCUUCUAUUAUUAGCGAUUGAAGUUAAGGGCAUCGAAGGAGCAGACACUAAAAUAUCAAUUAAUCCGAAAAAUGCAAAAAUUGUGGCGAACACGCAAGGGUUUUUUAUCGCUCAAUCUGCUGAUGAAGUUAAAAGAGCUUGGUUUUACUGCAAAGCCUGUCAUGAUCACAUCAAAGACGAAACACUUAUAAAGAAAUGCAAAUGCAAAAAUUAUGUCGGAAUGAUCAUGAUGCAAACGGGUAUGGUCAAAACAGGCCUUAACUACCAAAGAUACCUUGAUGUGGCGACAUUUAGGAAAGGCGUCCGAGCCAUCCAAUUGGUUGGCCGAGCAAGUGACGUGGAUCUCACAUUAGCAAAUGACCACCAUCCUCCCCCUACUUUUACACCACCAGAGUUGCCCAAGAAGGUUCAUGUUAGAGGUGACUUGAACCAUCAUGAUGACUUACUUAUAGCUCAUAGGAACCAGAAUCACAGAAAUAGCACUUUGCCCUCUGUAAAUAUGGUAAACUCUACUAAGCAAGUGAAUAAAGUGAAACCUAACAUUACAAGGAAUGCAACAGAAAAUUUAGUUUCUCCUGGUUACAAUUCUCGCCCACCGGAGCCAGAUACUACGACUUACGCCGGCUAUCAUCUUGCCUAUGAAGUCAAAAAACUCAUGCCAACUAGCAGAAGUAGUGGCGGCACCAACCAAAACAAUAAUGGAGUGGCCCUCCCUGUCGGUUUGGCUGAUGACCAAGCCAAGGAUUUUGAUUUUGAAAAGACUGAAAUGAAAUACGAUAGUACGGGCAUGUUUCAUUGGGGCCCUGCCAAAAAUCUAGAAGAUUGUAUUUUGGAUCGUAAUCAAGCAGCAAUGACAGUUUUAAAUGGACACGUUGUAGUUUGCCUAUUUGCCGAUCCUGAUUCCCCCCUGAUAGGUCUAAGAAAUUUAGUUAUGCCGUUAAGAGCUAGCAAUUUCCAUUAUCACGAGCUGAAGCAUGUGGUGAUUGUUGGAUCUGUGGACUAUAUCAGAAGAGAGUGGAAGAUGUUGCAGAAUUUACCCAAAAUUUCUGUCUUAAACGGUUCUCCGUUAAGUAGGGCCGAUCUUCGUGCUGUUAACGUAAAUUUAUGUGAUAUGUGCUGCAUUCUCUCAGCCAAAGUGCCAAGCAACGAUGACCCUACGUUAGCCGAUAAGGAAGCUAUAUUGGCAUCCCUUAAUAUUAAAGCCAUGACAUUCGAUGACACGAUAGGUGUCCUCAGCCAAAACAAUGAAAAUAACGAAAAUGGAACUCCUGUAGGUAGUCCUAUAAUAUUGCAAAGGAGGGGAUCAGUUUAUGGAGCCAAUGUUCCCAUGAUAACGGAAUUGGUUAAUGAUAGUAAUGUACAGUUUCUCGACCAAGACGAUGAUGACGAUCCUGAUACUGAAUUGUACUUAACGCAGCCUUUUGCUUGUGGUACAGCAUUUGCUGUUAGUGUAUUAGAUUCAUUAAUGUCAACAACGUAUUUUAACCAAAACGCCUUAACGCUAAUACGUUCGUUAAUUACUGGUGGAGCGACUCCAGAACUAGAACUUAUUCUAGCUGAAGGAGCUGGACUAAGAGGAGGUUAUAGCACGACUGAAAGUUUAUCCAAUAGGGACCGGUGUCGAGUAGGUCAAAUAUCCUUAUACGAUGGCCCUCUAGCUCAAUUUGGAGAAACUGGGAAAUACGGCGAUUUGUUCGUCGCAGCACUAAAACAAUUUGGUAUGCUCUGCAUAGGACUUUAUCGUUUUAGGGAUACAAGCUCGACGUGUGACGCUAGCAGCAAGAGAUAUGUUAUCACGAAUCCACCUGAUGAUUUUCAACUUUUACCUACAGAUCAAGUGUUCGUGCUCAUGCAGUUUGAUCCAGGUCUCGAGUACAAACAAGUGAAAGGGAAUCGAACAGGCACGGGACAAGGAAGCGGAACGGGCGGCGGAGGAACUAAUAAAGAUGAGAACUCUUGACUAUUGUUGUGUAGCGCCCUCACAGAUGGACCCUAUUCGUAUAUUUAAAAGCGCAAUACGGUCCAGUAAAAAGUACCCACCAUUCCAAUAUCUUUUUCCAUAUUUCAAAUUACUUUAGUUUCAAUUUUAUCGACCUUAAACACAUAUUAAUAAUUAUAGAUUUAGUUUUUUCAUGGUUGCUUUUAAUUGAAUUAUAAAAAGGUUAAGUUUUUUUAAGACACCUAAAAAAAGCAAUAUUAAAGAUACUAAAAUAUAUUUCAGUAAUAUUUACAAUAUCUAAACUAAUUUUUUAUAAGAAGUUUGUUUCUUUGUCUUUGCAAAGUCAACAAGGAUCACGUAAACUAUUUUCUAAAAACAUAAUUAUAAGUCUUUUCUGUUCAAGUUCAAUCAUAUUUAAACGAUGCCGAACCCAUAACUUUUUAACGAUUUUAUAUUAUAAUUUCAAUACUAUAAUAAUUUACUAAAUACUUAUAGUUUUACUUAUAUUCAGAUCUAUAAAGGCAAAAAAUGUACUCUUUUCGAAAUAAAA